AGUUUGUUCCCAAAUGUAAGGUAAACUUCCGCUGUCUUCGCCGGGUAACACAAACAGAAAGAAUGUUCAAAAAAUCGCUUUUAAAACUAAGUCAAAGACAAAUUAAGAGUAUUAUUACCGUAGAAAAUAUAAACUCCAACAGAUGGACGAUACCAGUUAUUUAUCAUGACAGAUGUCUUGCUAGCAGCGUCGAAAAGGCGGGGGGCUCGAGUAUUACGAAAACUGAAGGUCAGGAUAUAGAACGAUCGAAAGACGGGCCGUCAAAACCGCUGAAAAAUACUCCAUUUGUCAAAGAAUUAUUUCUUGGGAGAUUUGAUAAGGAAAUGCUAGUAUUCCCAGAGCUGUCUAAAAGUGAAGAUUAUGAUCACCUGAAUGAAUUGGUGGCACCUAUAGAAAGAUUCUUCGAUGAAGCAGUGGAUUCUAAGCAGAUUGACAUAGAUGGUAAAAUUCCAGAUGAAAUAUUAAAGCAUCUUGGUGAACUGGGCUUGUUUGGAAUGCAGAUACCAGAAGAAUACGGUGGCCUUGAACUGGAUGCAACAAAGUUUGCACGACUGGCAGAAAUCACAGCACUAGAUGGAGCUAUAGCAGUGACUCUAGCAGGACAUGGGUCAAUUGGACUUAAGGGAAUUUUGAUAGCUGGAACAGAAGCCCAGAAACAGAAGUAUUUACCCAAACUUGCCUCUGGUGAACAUAUAGCAGCUUUCUGUCUCACAGAACCUACAAGUGGUAGUGAUGCAGCCUCAAUUCAGACGAGAGCCACUUUAUCGGAGGAUGGGCAGACAUUUCAUCUCAAUGGUGGCAAAAUAUGGAUAACUAAUGGAGGCAUUGCUGAUAUAUUCACAGUUUUUGCUAAAACAGAAGUCACAAAUGAAAAGGGUGAAAAACAGGACAAAAUAACAGCAUUUAUUGUUGAAAGAGAGUUUGGUGGAAUUACAAGUGGGAGACCAGAAGAUAAACUUGGAAUCCGGGGAUCAAACACGUGUGAGGUACAUUUUGACAACACACCAGUACCAGUAGAAAACGUCAUAGGAGAAGUUGGUGGCGGAUUUAAGAUUGCAAUGAAUAUUUUGAACAGUGGAAGAUUCAGUAUGGGCAGUUCAGGGGCCGGUAUUCUUAAGCGUCUUAUAGGUUAUACAGCUGAGCAUGCCAUUUCAAGAACACAGUUCAAACAAAAACUCAUGGAGUUUGAACUUAUUAAGAAAAAGUUUGCCCAAAUGGCAGUGACAACAUACGCUAUGGAGAGUAUGGCAUACCUUACAGCUCUCACUCUGGAUUCCUAUGAGGAACCUGAUGCCUCGGUGGAAGCAGCUAUGGUCAAGAUAUAUAGCUCUGAAGGUUGUUGGAAUUGUGCCAGUGAAUGCCUGCAGGUUCUGGGAGGGCUUGGAUACAUGAAGACUUAUCCAUAUGAACGUUACCUCCGAGAUGCUAGAAUUCUCAUGAUAUUUGAGGGCACAAAUGAGAUACUGCGCUUAUACACAUCCCUUACAGGAAUGCAGUAUGCUGGCAAGGAACUCAAAGAUUUACAAAGAAAGGCUAGAGACCCUUUCAACAAUCCUUCAUUAAUUUGGAAAGGAGUGAAAAUGUCUUUUAGAAACAUGCUUGGGAGAGAUACAAGACCAAAAAUGACAUUGAAUCUUCAUGAGGAAGUACAUCCAUCAUUGAAGGACCAGGCUGAUCAGUUAGAAGAGGCAGUUCUCAGGUUUGAGCUGGUUGUGCAGAAGCUCCUUGUUAAAUAUGGAAGUAAAAUUAAAGAUGCUCAGUUAGAGUUGGAAAGAUGCGCCAAUAUCACAAUUGACAUUUAUGCCAUGACAGCCUGUAUUGGUAGAACAUCAAGGUCUCUGUGUAUAGGCCUGAGGAAUUCAGACCAUGAGGUUUUAUUGACACGACUCUUCUGUGACGAAGCAGUUAAAAGAAUAAACAAGAAUUUCAAAGAAAUUUAUGAAGGUCCACAGGAAAACAGUGAUGAUCUCAGAUGCAGGAUCGCAGAUGCAAUAUUUGAGAACAAAGGUUAUGCUGCCACACAUCCAUUGGCUCACAGUUAAUGUGGACUGGUUCCACUGUCAAUGAUAUAGACUAUGUAUUGUCUGGUAUGACCUUCCAUGCAAAAGUUACAUGUGUAUUCAUUGAAAUCUGGCAGUGUAGUCAGUAGUCUGGCUAUAACAUUAUAAAUGUACGCAGGUGUAUAUGAAAAAUGAAAGAAAUGAAUUCUAUAUGCAGAUGUCAACCGUAUUUGUUACCUUUGCCUAUAGGGCAAUUUGUGAGAAUAAACUUACUGAUGGAAACGUGUGAACUCGGCAGUAAGUGCUUGAGAAUGCUGAAAUAAGAUUUUAAAGGGACACACUUCCAGAUUUAUUAAAUUUAUUCAACUUUAGAUAGUACACAAUUGUGGAAACUGAAUCUCCAGUACCUUGUGUAUCCUCUCUUGACUGUGAUACUAAUGCACGAGUUGUAAGAAACAAGGAGGCAAGUGCUAUAGUUUAUUUUUCUUUUGCAAAAUGGUUGCAUAAAAUUCAGAUAAAAUACUUGUGUAUA